AAUACGCAUUUUCACAUAACAACGAAGAAGAAGCGAGACACCAGAGCGGGCGAGACGCUUCUGCCUAUCCGUACUGAGAAAUGGCGGCGUCCGUGUGCCGAGUCGGGAGCACUGUGGGUCGAACCCUCGCCAAAGCCCGCAGCCCCAUCUUGCUGUCUCUGAGGCGUGGACAGGCCUCAGUCAGCUAUGCCCAGAGUCUGGUGGGAGCCCCUGAAACUCGCCUCACUGCCCUGGACAAUGGUUUGAGAGUUGCCUCUGAGGAGACUGGACAUGCUACAUGCACAGUUGGACUGUGGAUCAGUGCUGGCAGUCGCUAUGAGACUGAGAAGAACAAUGGAGCAGGCUUCUUCCUGGAGCACAUGGCUUUCAAGGGAACCAAGAACCACCCUCAGACAGCCCUAGAGCAGCAGGUGGAGGCUAUGGGUGCUCACCUGAGUGCCUACACCUCCAGGGAGCACACUGCAUACUAUAUGAAAACCCUGGCCAAAGACCUCCCUAAAGCUGUGGAGCUGCUGUCAGAGGUGGUGCAGAGCUGCUCGCUGAGCGAGGCAGAGAUUGAGCAGCAGAGAGCUGUGGUGCUACGUGAGUUAGAGGAAGUCGAGGGUAACCUACAGGAGGUUUGCCUGGACCUGCUGCAUGCCACAGCCUUCCAGGGCACUCCUCUAUCACAAAGUGUGCUGGGACCCUCCAACAAUGCCAGGACUCUGACCCGCCAGGACCUAGUGGAGUACAUCAAUAGCCACUACAAAGCCCCUCGCAUGGUGCUGGCUGCUGCUGGAGGUGUAAACCAUGAGGAGUUGGUUGGUUUGGCCAAAUCUCACUUCAGCGGAGUGUCUUUUGAGUAUGAGGGAGAUGCUGUCCCUGUGUUGUCACCCUGCCGAUUUACAGGCAGUGAGAUCCGUAUGCGUGAUGAUGCUUUGCCUCUGGCACACAUUGCCAUCGCUGUGGAGGGGGCCAGUGCUGCCAGCCCAGACAUUGUGCCACUCAUGGUUGCCAACUCCAUCAUUGGCAGCUAUGACCUCACGUAUGGUGGUGGAAAGCAUCUGAGCAGCCGUCUGGCUCGCCUGGCAGAGGAGAAGAAACUGUGUCACAGUUUCCAGGCCUUCCACUCCUCCUACAGCGACACCGGCCUGCUGGGCAUUCACUUUGUGGCUGAUAAGCACAACAUCGAAGACAUGAUGCACUGGUCCCAGAAUGCCUGGAUGAACCUGUGCACCACAGUGACAGAAAGUGACGUAGCCAGAGGCAAGAACGCUCUGAAGGCCAGCCUGAUUGGACAGCUCAAUGGAACAACACCAAUUUGUGAUGACAUAGGGAGACACAUCCUGAACUAUGGCCGGCGUAUUCCUCUGGCAGAGUGGGAUGCUCGGAUUGAUGCCGUGACCCCCAGGAUGGUGCGUGACAUCUGCUCCAAAUAUAUCUACGAUAAGUGUCCGGCUGUGGCAGCUGUUGGCCCUGUCGAGCAGCUACCUGACUACAACAGAAUGCGCAGCGCCAUGUACUGGCUAAGGUUUUAAGAAACGUUGUUGUGUCGCUCCGUGUGUUCUGUGUUUGCUCCUCAUCUUCCACCUCAACUUACCCCGCUUUCCUCCUGUCAUCACUGUCAGAGUGAACAGCUGAGGAUUGUCCACACGUUGGCUUGACAGCACAGGCAGCCGUCGACCCUCUUUCUCCUCCCUGCCUCCCUCUCUUAUCCCGCCCAUCAUUCUUAGUUAGCAAUGAGGGGGGCAGCCAGUCUGCACAUUGAGUGUUGAAAUUACACAUCGGUUGCCUCUUAAUUGUACUAUAAAGGUCCUCAUCACUUGAUUCUGACUUGGAGAGAGGAGGGGAGAGAAGGUAGACUUGAAUAGUAAGUAAUUAUCUGCUGGACACAGUACAGCCAGUACUGAAUACAACCAGUUUGGAGUAACAGUAUAUUUAUAAUUUCUGAAACAUUUGUUUCUGUCCACUAUUGUACAUAACAGAAGCGCUCAUUCCGACAAAAUAAAAAUACUGUAAAACACUG